AAGGGCCUAUUGGUCCAGGACGUUUCUGGCAUUUUGAAGACGCUGUGUGAGACGCUUGCGGAGUAAAACAUAAAACAACUUGCUUCAUACUCUACAGCUAGCUAUAUUUCACGAAAUCAUAAUAUUUGUAAACAAGGCUGUUCUGGCAGUAUAACUUCGGAAAUCGGCUAACUAGUUAAUGUUAGCUAGCUAGUUAACUUAACGUCGACGUUAUCCAGAAGUGGACAACUAGCUACGGACCUUCAAAAUGCAAUGUUGUGUUUGGGGGUGCAAGGCCCAAUAUCGGAAAGGAGGGGGGUUAGGAUUUUUCCGAUUCCCCACUGGAGAGAAUGAAAUUGCUCAAAGUCAAAGGAAAGCUUGGAUACAAAGGGUGAAGAGAGAAGACCCCGAACCAGAUCUGCGUUCCCAUGGUGGUGGUAAAUUGGUACUCCAAAUGGGAAACGACUGGCACCCUACUACCUCCUCUCGCAUUUGCGGGAGGCACUUUGGUUUAAAGAAACCAAACCUGGAUCCGGACCACCCUGACUUUGCCCCUUCCCUCUUCCUUCGCCCAGAGGACUAUGCCUCGAGUCCGAACACAGCUCAGACAGAAGGCAAAAGAAUACUGCAGAGCUAUGACAGGGCAGUGAAAAAGAAGUGCCUUGACCUGAGUGAGGUUGGAGGUGCUGACCUGAGGGACAGUGACGCUGACACCGCAGAAGAAACUGAAGAGCAGGACCUGGGCACUUGUGUAUCGUGUGAUGUCAUGAGGAAGGCCUUAAAUGAUUUGCAGUCCAGACAUGAUGCUCUGCAAGUCGAAGCUGUCAAUCUCAGGGCGGAGAGAGACUUUUACAAAGAGAACGCAUCUCAAUCUUCUCUCUUUGUUGACACCUUUACAGACAGAGACAAUGAAACACAUGCAGUGAGAGAAGUGUCAAGCAUGGCUAAAUCAAAUGGUAUGAACGAACAAUGUACUGUGAUGGUUGAGGAGCCAUGUCUUAUGAAGUUUGAGGGGCCAUGUUCUGUGAAGGAUGAGGAGCUUUGUCCUGUGAAGGUUGAGGGGGACUAUGAUCAAGUGUUGAUUAAGGAAGAGGAACAACAGGUCCAAAUAGAACUUUGUAGCCCCUUGGUUAGUCAGGACAAAGUGACCAAUGUCUCCCAGGAUAAACCUACCCAGCAGAACAACAUUAUGAAGGCCCCCAGACGACCAUGUCUGUUAGCCCAGGAUAAACCCAUCCAGAUAGUCAACACAAUGUCCCUCACUAGAGUGGUAGCCCCCAGCCCCUCAAGUCAGGUAACCAAGGAUAAACCUAUCCAGCUUGCCAAAACCAACAACCAAUGUUCUGUGAAGGUUGAGGUGGACUAUGAUCAAAUGUCGAUUAAGGAAGAGGAACAAAAGGUCCAAAUAGAACUUUGUAGCCCCUUGGUUAGUCAGGACAAAGUGACCAAUGUCUCUUGCAGGCUCCCAAGUCAUGUCCCCAAGGAUAACCCUAUCCAGCUUGCAAAAGUCGUAGUAGAAACCCACCUAAUGACUAACCAUCUGCCUGGCAGCCAAACCACCGCUGAGCCUUUGCAGAAGAGUCCUCUGUCAGCUCAUAGGACACCUGUUGCAGGCAAACAAAUUCAGAGAAGCAGAACAAACACAGAGAAGGAUGAAUUGCUUUGGCUGGGCUACAUGAAGUGGAACGUGCGUCUUCCUGCAAGCACAAUUAGAACCGCACACAAGUUUCAGACGCCUAGGGCAACAGUGCAAUAUCUUCUACAUGCUGUCUUCUCCCAAUGUGAACUAGCCUCCAGCAAUCUCAUGGGCAUUCCUGCACUGGGCCUUAACAAACUGGACCCGGACAAACUUUCUGCCAUAAGACAGUUUGUCGCUGCAAAGUUUCGCCGUUUAGACAUGCGCCAAUGUGGUAAAGACUGGGUAAAGUGCCGGCGCCAGAUAACCAGCAUGCUCAGGAACAUUCGAAAGGAGGAUAGGAAGACGAGUGGGCUCUCAGGAAACCUUUGUACGAUAGAGAAGGUGGUAACGGAUCAGAGUUUGCCCAGUCAGCCAUCGCCUCCCUCAUUCCCCUCGAUCUCCCAACAGCACACAGCCGCCUUCUACAGCCCAACAGAAGAAGAAGAAAUCCUCUGUCUGGAGAGUUAGGUUACAGAAUAUCUGUAAUGAUGUUUGUAUUUUCCUGUAAUAAAUAGAUUGUUAGGAGUAAAACAUAUAUGACUGAUGAUGUAUAUUUGAACUUUGGUUGAAUAUAGGCUACGGUACAACUAUAUCAUGUCACACGUAGUAGAGUGGAGCUUUGAAGGAGUGAUGUGGAUAGGGCACAGGGUUAGGGUUAGGUUAGGGGGUGGUGUUGUGGAUAGGGCACAGGGUUAGGUUAGGGUUAGUCACAGGCUGUGCUCAAUAGCAGUUAUAUAGAUGGAGUGAGUUGCCCCCAGAAUAUGAAGUGCUUGAAACAGUGGUAGAAAACCUAAAUGCAAUCCAUCAUCAUACCAUUGCACUCCAAUCAGACCUGUCGGUGGCUAUGAAAUGGCCUCCCUUGCUCUUCUCCUUCCUUCUGGCUCUCCACUUUAUGAGCACGUUAGAAGUGAAAGCAAAGGUGGAUAGAGUCUUUCCAUAAGGGAGCUGAGUGAAAUAACUGAUACACACAUUUUGAACAUAAUAUAGUAGGUGUAUAAUCUGUACAUACACUACCGGUCAAAAGUUUGGACGCACCUGCUCAUUCAAG